AUACACAAGGUGUGGUUUCUGUUCCCAAAGCAGGCAGCUUCCGUCUAUUCAGAGUAUUAUCAGCGCAACAAGAGACGGGGCGGAGAAAGAGCGACGGAGAGAGAAAGGCGUACAGUUCGGUCGCUGUUCGGACAACAAAACUAAAAACUUUAUCUGAGAACUACAGAAACGCAUCAAACUAUGAGUCAUUACGGCUCCAACCCCAGACUAGCCUCUUAUGCCCAAAGAAGUAACUCUCGACAGGAUUUGACGAGUUACAGAAACGACGGUUUCAUGCCUGGAAACGGCUUCCAGAGAGAUCACCCACAGAUGGAGGGAGGGUAUAGUUACCAAACCACCUUCUCCAGGAGCUCCAUGCACGGCGGAGGCGGAAUGAAGCUCCAGCAAAGCGCCGUCGGAGUUGCGCCUGUGCCAAGUGCACAAGCCAUUCAGGAAAAAGCUUUUUUCCUGAAAAAUCAAUGUCAGGAUUACCUGGAGAGAGCAAGCAUGAUCAUCAAUAGUGGAGGCCCUGCUAUUGAAGCAGACAAGUUCUUGAACUUGGCUGCAGAGGCCCUCAAUACUCUGAAGUUCUGUGGCAGAGACCUGCAAGAAAUGCAUAUACAAAAUGAUGUUUUCAGCACUGUUGACAAGUUACAGCAAUGGCAUGCGAGUGUGCAGCAGAAACUUUACGGCACUGGGACUAUUGGCACUGGGACCAUUGGCACUGGGACCAUUGGCACUGGAACCAUGAAAAUGAAAAGAAUGAGUGUUGGCGGUGAUGGGGAGCGACUCUUUAACAACGUCAGCAGCUGGAUUGCCCAACAGAUUCGCAUCAUUGAAACUGCUCCGUGGGGGGAUGACACUAUCGCCAUAAACAACCAAAUUAAAAAACACAACCAAUUCCACGACUCAAUCAAAAGAAACGACGAAGUAGAGCAAGCCAAAUUUCAACUGACAGCAGCAGGCGAUAAGUACAGGCUGAACCUGCUGGAGCAAGAAUGGGACCAACUGAUGAAAACUUCCUUCAGGCGCUUGAACCAGCUGCGGGACCUUGAGAGCAUCCUUGAUGCGAUCAGUUCUGAAAUCAUGUGGGUGAAUGAAAAAGAAGAGCAGGAGCUGGUGUUCGACUGGGGAGACAAGAACAUCGAUGUGUAUGUCCCCAAGAAGGAGGAGAGCUACUCUAGGCUGAUGAGUGAUUUGGAGGCGAAGGAGAAAGAGAUCAACAAGUUGAACGUGAAAGCGAAUGCUCUCUUGAGUGACAACCACCCUGCUUCAGACAAACUUUUGGCUUACCUAGAAACCCUGCAGACCCAGUGGAGCUGGCUUCUGAAGAUCACCAAGUGCAUCCAUGUCCAUCUGAAGGAGAACUCUGCCUACAGCCAAUUUUUCAAGGAGGCCAACGAGACCUACGCAAAGCUUCAAAAACAGCACGAGACUAUCAGAACCAAAUUCAGCUGUGACAAGAGCACUCCACUGGAAAACCUCACAGAACUCCUACAAAACCUGGAGAAAGAGAAACAGCGAGUCUUGGAAAAUAAGAGGCAAGUCCAAAGUCUGGUCAGCAAGUCAAAGUCCAUUGUCAGGCUCAAACCUCGCAACCCUGAGGUGAAAAGCACCAGCCCCGUCAUAGUCAAGGCUUUAUGUGACUUCAUGCAGGAUCAGAAAGGUAUUUUGCAGGGGGACGAAGCCAUUCUGAAAGACAACUCACAGCGCAGCAAGUGGCUUGUGACGGGACCUGGAGGCCUUGAAAUGACGAUUCCCUCCGUGUGCCUGAUCAUCCCACCACCAAACCCAAUCAGCGUUGGACUUGCCAACAAAAACGAGCAGUACUAUGAGGCCAUCUUGGGCAUUUGGAAUCAGCUCUAUAUCAACAUCAAAAGCCUCAUCUCCUGGCAGUAUUGCCUCAAAGACAUGAAUUAUAUUAACUCCCUCACUCUCACCAUGCUGUCGAAGAUGAACCCUGAGGAAUACCGCACCCUCAUCAAGAGACUGGAGACCCACUACCAGGAGUUUGUGCGUACGAGCCAAGGCUCUGAAAUGUUUGGUGAAGAGGAAAAGAAAAACAUUCAGGGCCAGUUUGACAAAACCCAACAGCACUAUGACACGCUGAUUAUUCAGCUGCCUAUCUUUAUUAAAGAGGGGGAAGAACAGAUGAAGACCAAUGAACAGUGGAAGAUCGAGGAACAGACGAAGAUAGAGCAGGUGAGGAUUGAACAGGCAAGGAUUGAACAGGCGAGGAUUGAACAGGCGAAGAUGGAAGAACAGGUGAAGAUAGAACAGGCAAAGAUGGCACAACAGACAAAGACAGAAGUACCGGUCAAGACCGCACCUCCAAAAACAGAAGUUAAGGUCACCCAAGCCACGGUAACCAAAGGGAAGCCACCCACACAAGCCAGUUCCUCCGUCAGCCUCACAUUGCUCAGCAGCCUGCAGGAUCUUCACCGCCAACUGGAAAUCGCUGAAUCCGGUUUGACCAGUCACCUCCACGUUCCCUUUGGGGACAACAGUGUGCACGAGUGCUCAGUGCACAUUCAGAAGCUGCAGGGUGUGCAUCAAGAUCUGGAGUUGAUUCACGAUGAGUACAUCCGCCUGAGAGAGAUGAUAAUAAAGCAGCUGAAAGGUGUUCCCGCUGACUCUGAUCAGGCCAAGUUUCUCCGCUCUGAACUAGAAAUCAUCAACCAGAAACUGGGAGGCCUGCAGGGUCUCUACUCAGCCUACAUUCAGAGACUGUCUGCGCUGAAGGCCUUGCUCCAGAGCCUUCUCCAGGCUGAAGAUAUCGUUAAGGUCCACGAAGCUCGGCUAACUGAGAAGGACACCAGCUCCCUGGACCCUAUAGAACUGGAAAACUAUCGGAGCUCAUUAAAGCACAUGAAGAAUGAACUGGAACUAAAACGAGAACUACUGACAACUAUGGAGUCUGAGUUGUCCAAAGCAUCCCACUUUAACAGCCAGAUUUCUGACUCCUUCCACAAGUGUGACGUUGACUUGGCCAAAUAUUCUGAGCAGGUGAACCUGCUGGGUGACCGCUGGCGCCGUAUCCAAACCCAGAUUGACAGCAGAAUGUGGGACUUGGACAAACAGAAGGAUCGGGUAACACAAUAUCAGCAGAGCAAAACUUCCCUGGAGUUCUGGAUAGACAAUGCCAGGAAACGCCAGGACACUCUCCAGACGGUUAAGAUCAAUGAUGUCCAGAUGUUAAUGGACCACAUCAACCAACAAAAGACUCUUUAUAAUGAAAUUAAAGGCAAGAAGGACAAAGUUGAUGAAAUGCAGAAGAAUGCAGACAACUGUGCUGCCUCUAUAAAUGAUUAUGAGCUGCAGCUUGCUUCUUACAGUUCAGGACUGGAGACUCUGCUUAAUGUUCCUAUCAAGAAAACUGUCCUGCAGUCCCCUGCUAAAGUGGUCAGACAAGAGGCUUCUGGACUCCAGGCCCAUUACAUAGAGCUGCUGACCCGCUCUAGUGACUACUACAAGUUCCUGGGAGAUCUGCUGAAAAAUAUGGAAGAACUGAAGUUAAGAAACACCAGGAUUGAGAUGCUAGAGGAGGAACUAAAACGUCUAAAGGAUGACCUCCUAGAUAAAAACCAAAAAAACAAGUCUCUGGAAGAUGCUUUGGAGCAAUACAAGUUAGAGCUCAGUCAGUCAAAAGAUGAACUCAUCAAUUUGGAGGAAGUGAAGAGAACAACCUCAAUUCAAGUUAGUGCUGUCAAGGAGAGCUUAGGCAGCACACAAGGCCAGAUUCAAGAUCUUAAUGAGCAGCUGAGCCGCGUUAAAUACCAGCUAGAGGAGGAAAAGAGGAAAAGAAGGCUUGCAGAAGAGCGCUACAACAGCCAGCAGGAAGAGUAUGAGUCUGCUGUUCGCCGUAGACAGAAAGAAUAUGAAGAGAUCACCUGGGUGAAGAUUGAUUUAGAGAAGGCUGUGAAAGAUAAAGAGCGAGAAAUUGAGAGGUUGAAGCUACAGCUAGAAGAGGAAGCAACCCGUCGACGAAAUGCUGAGUCAGAUAUCUCUAAGGUAAGAACACAGUGCACCCAGGAGAUUAGUCAGCUUAAACAGACAUACGAGACAGAGAUCCACGUUACCAAGACCACCAUUCUGAAAGCAUCACAGCAGAAAGAAGAAGACGCAACAGAGCUGAGGCUGCUAGUUCAGCGACUCACUGAUGAGAAGAGAGAUCAAGAGGAGGAACUUAGAAGACUGAGACAGUCCAUUACUCUCAUGGAAGUUCAGAAAACUCAGGCAGAGCAGGAGGUCGGCCAGCAGAGGGCGUCAGUGACUCAGGAAACAAGGAUUCGCAGUGAGCUGGAAUUGCAGCUGAGAACCCUCAAGCAUCAGAGAGAAGAAGAUGAAGUCAGUUUGAAGGAGGCCAUGAAAAGCAAUCAGGAUAAGUCCAGGCAGAUUAGCCUGCUUUCAUUUAACCUGGAAGAAGAAGGGAAGAAGAGGAGGGCACUGGAACUGGAAAUCAAUCACUUAAAACAAGCUGAAGCAGAGUUGAAAUCAAAGAAUGUCUCCUAUCUUGAAGCAAUUAACAAACUCAAGGUGACAGAGCAGGAGAUCCACAUCACCCGAGUAGAGCUAGAAAAGCAGACUAGUGAUAAAACCAAGGCUGAGCAGAGCUCUGCCAGGCUCCAGAGCCAUAUCCGGGAACUUCAGUGCUCUCUGGAUGGGAUGGAGGCCGAGCUGGAGAAGCAAAAGAACGCAGCACAGGAAGAGUUCACUCGUAGAAAGAGAAUGGAGGCAGAGUUGGAGAGAAUGACACGUACCUGCCGAGAGCACACCACUACGAUCACCUCAUUGAAAUCGGUUCAGAUUGAGGCCUCAACCUCUGGCAGAAAGUAUGAGCAGGAUAUUAGGGCCCUCCAAGAAGCACUGGACAAGAGCAUGAGGGAUCAUAAAGCCACAAAGGAAGACCUAGGAGCAGUGGCAGAUGAGUUAAAAACACUCAAACAAAAGCUCCAGCAGGAACAGGUGCGAAGUCAUGAGCUUAACCAGCGUAAUGAAACUCUGUAUAAGACCAUCGAGGACAAGAGUCGCCUGCUUAAUGACUACACCACAGAGAUCGGAAAGCUGAAGACUUUGACACAGAACCUGACAAAGGACAGACUGAAGCUGGAGGAGGAGCUAAGAGCAGCAAGACAGGAGAGAGACGAGCUGAAGAGUAGCAAAGAUGCUGUUGAUGGAGAAAAAGCUACUCAGAUCUCAGCCUUGAAUGUCCAACUUCAGAGUAGCUCCAAGAGGACGACUGAGCUCCAGGUUCUCAUCAGUGAACUGACCAAGGAGAGAGAAAUGCUUAAAACGGAGAUAGAAAAAUUCCAAAAGCAAUCCAUUGAGACCUCCAUGAGGGUGCAUGAGUCCCAAAGCCAAUACACUGAACUGCAACUUGAGAGGGAUAGUUUGCUGUCCAAGCUGAAACUGAUGGAGCAGGACAAGAAUCGUCUCCAACGUUUAGAAGAAGAACUUGCUCGAACUAAACUCAGUCUAGAGACCGAGAUUCGCAGCAAGCAGCGACUGCAGGAUGAAAAGAAUGCAAUGUUUAAAGAGUUCACCACUAUCAAAACCCAGUUUGAGGUUAAAGAGACCCAGAUUAGGCACUGUGAAUCAGAUAGAGACAAGGCUGAUCGAGAGAGGAUGUCACUGAAAAGUGAGAUUGAGCGGCUGAUGAGGGAGUUGAGGACUGUUGAGGAGAGGUACAAGAGCCGUCUUUUGAGCUCAGAAAAAGAAGCGUCUGAAUUGGCUCUCAAAAGAGAUGCCUUGGAGAGAGAGAUCCAAUUAUUAAAGCAGAGACCCAGUUCUCUGACCAGGCAAACCCAGACAGAUGAGAAUGUCCCAACAAUUGAUCCAUCAAAGCUCUUAUUUGAUGGGGUACGCCGCAAAGUCACAGCCCACCAGCUUUGUGACUGCGGUAUAAUCAGUAAAGCCACCCUUGAUGAUCUACUAAAGGGUAAGAAGACUGUGGAUGAAGUAGCGGUGGACAUCCAGCUAAGUCUAAAGGGCACUGGCAUUAUUGCUGGAAUGACAACAGGCGCUCAAGGAAAAAUGCCAUUCACUGAAGCCAAAAACAAGAACCUCCUCAACCCAGAGAGUGCACUCAUGCUUUUGGAAGCUCAAGCAGCAACAGGCUAUAUAGUGGACCCAGGAUUCAAUGAGAGGAUGCCUGUUGAUACAGCCUGUUCCAGAGGGAUUGUGAACACAGAAGACAGAGAUGUCUUGUUGAAAGCUGAAGCUGCAAGCAUGGGUUUCAAAGAUCCAUUCACAGGCAAGAUACUUUCCGUGGGACAAGCUCACAAACAUGGUCACAUAGACAAAGAAACAACCAUUCGGUUGCUCCAGGCCCAGGAGUCUGUUGGAGGCAUACUGGACCCUCUUCUGGGUGUGUUCCUUCCAAAAGAUCUGGCUUUGGAUCGCAAUCUUAUAGAUGAGGAUCUCUACAGGGCUUUGAACAAAAAACCUACCUGCUACCUAGAUCCAGCAACAGGAGAGAAGAUAACUUAUUCUGACCUCAAAAGGAAGUGUGCGGUUGAACCAGUGUCUGGUUUGCUUCUGCUUCGGGGUCCUGAAAAGUCAAUGACAGUGAAGGGUAUUCGUGGAGAAGUCUCCGUCUCAGAGCUUGUUAAAGCUGAACUCCUGGAUAAAACGGACCUGCAGAAGCUCAACGAGGGACACCUGUCAUGCAGAGAAAUUGAAGACAAGCUGAAAUCUUAUCUCUACGGUUCUACUUGUAUUGCAGGGAUCUAUGAUGAGGCCAACGACAGAAUUAUGUCUUUCUAUUACGCAAUGAAGGAAGGCCUGCUAAUGAGGGGAACCACUCUGGAGCUUCUUGAGGCUCAAGCUGCAUCUGGCUUCAUUGUUGAUCCAGUUAACAAUGUAUUUUUGACAGUGGAGGAUGCUGCAAAAAGAGGUCUGAUUGGGAAGGAGUUUAAGAACAAGCUGCUUUCUGCUGAAAAGGCAGUAACUGGAUACAAAGAUCCAUCCACAGGAAAGACGAUCUCCCUUUUCCAGGCCAUUGAGAAAGAUCUUAUUGAGAAAGGUCACGGAAUCCGGUUGCUUGAGGCCCAAAUAGCUAGUGGUGGAAUUAUUGACCCUCUUGAGAGUCACCGCAUUGAUGUCUCUGUUGCCUAUAAAAGAGGAUAUUUUGAUAAGGAGAUGAAUGAGAUCUUAACCUAUGAAGGAGAUGAUACAAAAGGGUUCUUUGACCCUAAUACCAAGGAGAACUUGACUUAUCUUCAACUGAAGGAGAGAUGUAUCACCGAUUCUAAAACUGGGCUAAUACUCCUGCCAAUCAAAGACAAGAACAAGGAAAAGGCAUCACAGGAAAGCCGCACCAACAUCCUUCGCAAGAGGCGUGUUGUCAUUGUUGAUCCAGACACAGGUCUUGAAAUGUCAGUUAGGGAGGCCUAUCACAAGCAGCUGAUUGAUUAUGAAACUUUCCUGGACUUGUCGGAGCAGGAGUGCGAGUGGGAAGAAAUCAACAUCAAAGGACCAGAUGGCUCUUCACGUUUGGUGAUUGUGGAUAGAAAAACUGGAACCCAGUAUGACAUUCAGAGCUGUCUGAACAAAGGUGUGAUUGACCAAAAUGCUUUUGAUCAAUACCGUUCUGGUAAAUUAACCUUGACUGAGCUUGCUGACAAAAUUACCAGCAAAACUAGCAGCAGUGAGAUGACCAUUGCAGCCAGCAAUGUUGAUGACAUGGUCACCUGCAGCAGCCCCACCCAGGUAGCACCAUCCUCUCCUACUGUUCGUAAACGCUUCAGCAGUAUUUCUAUCACAGUCUCCCCUCCUGGAAUGUUUGAUGAUCAGAGCCCAGUGGCGGCCAUAUUUGACACAGAGACUUUGGAGAAGAUAACUAUUCCUGAAGGGCAUAGAAGAGGCAUAGUUGACACUAUUACGGCUCAAAGGUUGCUGGAGGCCCAGGCUUGCACAGGUGGCAUUAUCAACCCUGCAACAGGUGAGCGGCUGUCGCUGGAAGAUGCUGUCCAUCAGAGCAUUAUCGAUGAAAGUAUGGCUGCAAAGCUGAAGCCUGCCCAGAAAGCUUACCUUGGCUUUGAAGAUUUGAAAACCAAAAGAAGACUUUCUGCAGCUGAGGCAGUAAAGGAGACAUGGCUGCCAUAUGACGCUGGCCAAAGGUUUUUGGAGUUUCAGUACCUGACAGGGGGUCUUGUAGAACCAGGCAAUGGACGUCGAAUCACAAUGGAGGAGGCUAUCCGUAAAGGGUGGAUAGAUGGUCAAGGUGCACAGAAGCUGCAGGAUACACGAAACCACCAGAAAAACCUGACCUGUCCAAAGACCAAACUAAAGAUCUCGUACAAAGAAGCCAUGGACAGCUGUAUGGUAGAAGAGAAAAAUGGCAUGAAGAUGAUUCAGGCAUCCUCCAUAUCCAGCAAGGGAAUAAGCAGCCCUUACAACGUCUCAAACCCAGGAUCUCGCUCUGGCUCCAGAGCUGGUUCAAGGAGUGGGUCUCGUAGAGGCAGCGUGGAUUACUCAUCUACUUUCACUUACAGCUUCACGUCCACCAACUUUAGCUCUAAUAGUCUCUGUUAAUGCACAAUCACCCCAACUGUUCUGAAAUAGUUCUAUUUUUUGACAAUUGCCAUUAGAGUUUAUUUAGCAGGGUUUGGUUGUUUAACUGCUUACUGUAAUGCUUAUUCUUUUGUUUUGAUGAUUUGCAGCUUUCUUCAGUUGUCGUUAUAUUUAGUUGUUAUUAUUAAUGCUGAGUACUAUUCAUAUUGUAACACUUGUUGAUUAUACUCUUUGGCUUGUUUUAGCACACAGCAUAUAUUUUUAAACUUUUACCUUAAAAGCUUUUGACUUCAGAUUUAACAUGAACAUAUAAGUGAUUCUGCUUGUUCUGUUAUGCUAAUGUGUUCAUUUAUGUUAGCUUCAUUCAUGUUUUCUGAGAUCAUUUUUGUUCAUCUCAAAUAUUUUGGUAAAAUUCAGAAAAUAAUUACAAAGAAUACUAUAUCCAUUUAAAAAAUGUAUUUUUUCCCUUUUGAAUACAAAUAAAGUUGUCAAAAUGGA